CACGGUGAAUCGGCCGCGAAAAGCCGUUCGUACCGAACGUACGCCGCAGUUACGAGCGGACCUCUGAACGGAGCGGAACUUGGAGACUGCAAGUCCGCGAAACAUCCCCCCAGCACGAGAUGGGCCUGCCGCGAAUCAGGAGUCUAGUGGCACCGUUGUGCUUCCUACUGUUGGCCAGCAGCUGGCUAGUGAGCGAUGUAGACUGUGCGAAAAAGGCGGGCGGUAGUGCCCCGGCCGCGGCCCCCGAGGCCACGAUCGAGGAAGUUUCGGCGAAGCAGCUGGAGCGGUUACUAGAGGAUAAGGAUUACGUUGCAGUGUACUGGUAUGCCCGUAGUUGUACCACCUGUGACACAGUAUUAGCAGAGCUAGAGCACAUCGACGAUGAUACCGAUUCGUUUGGUGUCGACUUUGUGAAAAUCAACGACAAACGACUAGCGAAACAGUAUGGCAUCACGAAGUUCCCGGCACUCACCUACUUCAGGGAGAAGGAACCGAUCAUCUACGAGGGUGACCUCAUGGAUGAGGCCGGUGUGCUUGACUUUCUUACCUCGCUGGAAGCGAUGGAUCUGCCCGACCGGAUCGAGGAAGUGAAUGCUAAAAUUCUGUCGAAGAUCAUCGAAGACUCUGACUACGUUGCGGUACUGUUCUGCACUGAUCACGAAAACUGCCCACCCGGAAACAACAACAAGCCGGAAUGUAAGAAGUGCAUCAAGGCCCUGCAGGAGCUGGAAAACAUCGACGACGAGGCGGACCAGCUUGACAUCGGAUUUGUGAAGAUUCACGACGAAGAUUUGGCGGAGGAAUACAAUCUGGGCCCACUGCCAAAGCUGGUCUACUAUCGUCACCAGACUCCGAUCGUUUACGAGCACGAACUGCAGCGUGAGGAGGAUGUGCUGGAAUGGCUGGUUGAAAACAAGGCCACCGGUGACGAUGAUGAUGUCAUCGAGGAGGUCAACGCCAAGACGCUCAAAACUCUGAUCCAGAACAUCGACAAUCUGGUCGUGCUGUUCUACGACGAUGAAGAUGAGGAUUCGGAAUCGGUACUGCAGGAGUUGGAAAACAUUGACGAUGACUGCGCCAAGCACGGUAUCCAGUUCGUCCGGAUCGACGACCCGAAGGUCUCGAAGGAGUACGGCAUCGAUGAGGUCCCAGCGAUCGUGUACUUUGAGAAGCAGAUCCCCAAUGUAUACGAUGAUGAUCUUUCGGAUGAGGAGGAGAUCCUGGAGUGGUUGCUCUCUCAGUUGGAAAAGGACGAGAUCGAGGAUGUUACCGAUGAGAUGCUGGACAAACUUAUCAAGGAAGGCAAAUCGAUCGCCGUUUUGUUCUAUGACAACAAUGACAAGAAAUCGGAAAAGGUUCUGAAUGAGCUCGAAAACAUCGAUGACGAAUGCGAUCAACUUGGCAUCAACUUUGUCAAGAUGGAUGAUGUUGAGGAGGCAAAGGACUACGGUGUCACCAAGUUCCCGAAGCUGGUCUACUUCGAGCAGGGUAUUCCGACCGUGUACGAGGGCAGCCUGGAUCAGGAGGAGGACGUACUCGAUUGGUUGGAGCGCCAGACGAGCAGCGAUGAGAUCGAGGACGUUACCGAUGAAAUGUUGGACAUGAUCAUCGAAAAGAUGCAACACGUCGCCGUGCUGUUCUACGACAAGGACUCGAAGACGUCGCAGAAGGUACUGGCUGAGCUGGAAAACAUUGACGACGAGUGCGACCAGAACGAUAUCGCCUUUGUCAAGAUCGAUGAUGACAACGAAGCCAAGGAGUGGGGUAUUGAGGAACUGCCUACCAUGAUUCUGUUUGAACGCGGUAUUCCACACAUCUACGAAGGUGAUCUGCUGAAGGAGGAGGAACUGCUUGGCUGGUUGGUACAUCAGAAGCGUCAUUCCGAAAUUCCCGAAAUCACCGAUGAAAUGAAGGACAAGCUGAUGCAGAUGUACGAUCAUGUUGCUAUUAUCUUCUACGACAAAGACGACAAGCAGGAUAUCCGCGUGCUGAACGAGCUGGAAAACAUCGACGAUGAGCUGGAAAAGGAAGAGAUCGUUAUUGCGCGUCUCGAUAAUGCUGAGGAAGCACGCGAGUACGGUCUCGAUCAUCUGCCUGCGCUGGUAUACUUCGAGAACGAAAUCCCAGCCAUCUACGAGGGCGAUCUCAUGAACGAGGAGGAAGUUCUCGAAUGGCUUAAGCUGCAAAAGUACUCGGCCACCAUCGAGGAGGUGACGGACGAGAUUCUGCAGGAUCUGAUCGACGAUCAUGAGUACGUGUGCGUUUACUUCAGCGGUGAGUGCGAGGAGGGAGAGAAGUGUGACAAAAUUCUGGACGACCUCGAAAACAUCGACGAUGAGCUGGACGAAGCCGGUAUCAUCUUUGUUACCACCGAAGAUAUGGCCACUGCUAAGAAGUACAACAUUAAAAACAUACCGUCGCUGGUGUUCUUCCGCAACAAGGACCCACUGAUCUUCUCGGGCGAUUUGAACGACGAAGAUGAGGUACUGGCAUGGUUGACCGAUGAGGAGACGCUCGAAAUUCCCGGCAAAAUUGAGGAAGUCAACAUCAAGAUGUUGGAGAAGAUUCUGUCGGAAAAUGAACACAUUGUUGUGUUCUUCUAUCACGAUGACGACAAGAAGGCCCAGAAGAUCAUUGCCGAGCUGGAGAACAUUGAUGAUGAGUGUGAGGAGAAGGACAUCGAUUUCGUAAAGACAUCCGAUGAAGAGAUUGACAAAGAGUACGAUCUCGAGACGCUGCCCGCACUGGUCUUCUACCGUAACAAGUUCCGCACGAUCUACGCCGGUGAUUUGAUGAAGGAGGAAGAGAUCCUCGAAUGGGUGCUGGAGCAGUACAAUACCAAACCCGAGAUCAUCGAAUCUGUCGACCGCAAAACGCUGCAAGUGUUGGUUAACGAGGUUGAACAUUUGGCUGUACUGUUCUACGAUGACGACUGCGAAACUUGCCCCAAAAUUCUCGAGAAGCUGGAAACCAUCGACGACGAUACGGACAAGCACCAUAUCCAGUUUGUGAAGGCCAACGAUGAAAAGCUGGCCCACGAGAUCGGAAUCUUCUCGUUCCCGGCCCUUGUUUAUUACGAAACCGGUGUCCCGAUUAUGUACGAUGGUAAUCUCAAGAAUGAAAAACGCAUCUUGCAGUGGCUAAUUGAUCACAAAAACAAUAAGCUACCGAAACCGAAGCUCCGCAAGCGUUACACCGACGAUGUGGAAGAGCUCGAACGGGAGGAUCGUAUCGACAAGAAACGAUCCGGUGGCAAGAAACUUAAGCCCAUCCCAAGGCUCGAUGCUGUGGAGCCUCCGAAGGCACCCGGCACCGGUAAAACAACGCAAGCCAGCGCCAAGGACACGAAGAGUAAACCGAGUUCCACCAAGUCCACUUCCGCUUCGUCAAGUAAACCCGGCAAAGCCAGUGCCAGCAAAUCCGAGCCGACCGCCACCAAGGUGUCUGGUGGUGCGAAAAAGCCUACCCGUUCUGAUGAUGAUGAUGAUGAUGACGAAGGUGACCUACUGAACGAAUACGACGUCCUGGAUUGGAUGCAUGGACAAAAGACGGACGAAAGCAUCCAGGAGGUGGAACGAGACGAACUGUUGAGCCUGAUCGAUAGUAAAGACUUCCUCGGAGUGGUUUUCUAUAUUGAGGAUGAUCCAAAUACACCUAAAAUUCUGCGCCACAUCGAGCUGAUCGACGACGAAGCCUCAGACUAUGGUAUUGUACUAGUGAAGUGCAGCGAUCGGCUAAUGGCGAAGAAGUUUGGCUUCCGCAAUCCACCCGGCGUUACCUACUUCCGCAAGGGCAAAUCGAUCAACUACGAUGGUGACAUCGACGAUGAGGAGGAACUGCUCGACUGGCUUACCGAUCCGCACAACAUGGAAAUGACCGAUCACAUCGAAAAGGUGAACCGAAAGAUGUUCCAGAAGAUACGCCAAGCAUCCGACUAUUUAGCUGUUUUCUUCUAUAGUGACGAUUGCAAACAGUGUCCACGCGUGCUAGCAGAAAUUGAACACAUCGAUGAUGAGGCGGAUGGUGCCGGUAUUAACUUUGUCAAGAUCGACGACAAACAGAUGGCGAAGGAGCUCGGUGUUUAUGCACUGCCCGGUAUCGUGUUCUUCAAGCUGUCUUCUAAGGAACCUGUCAUCUUUGCAGGCGAUCUAAACGAUGAGGACGAAAUCCUGAAUUGGCUUAUGACACAGAAGAACCCUGGCGGUGAUAUCAUCGAGGAUCUGGAUGGCACGAAACUGUUGAGCCUGAUCGAGGAUUCCAACGCACUGGCUGUAUACUUCUGGAACAAAACGACUUGUGAAGCAUGCUUUACAAAGGCUGCUAAAAAGCAGCGCAAAGCGAAGGAACGUAAAGGUCUGCUAGAUGCUGCAUCAUCAGCGGAGGUAGUAGACGAUGGAGCUGGGGAAGAUUCAGCGCCCGAUGGUGAUGUACCAUCGACACCAACACCGACACCACCACCAGUAGCAGCUGCUGCACAGGCAUCUGUGGAGGAUACGGACGAAUGCGAGCAGUGUUCGGGUGUGCUAGAAUCGCUGGAAAACAUCGACGACGAUUGUGACCGACAUGGUAUCAUGUUUGUCAAAACGGAUGAUCUUUCGAUUGCGGAACAGUACGGUAUCUCCGAGUACCCAGUGCUGGUGUACUUCGAGGACAACGUACCGAAUGUGUUUGAAGGUUCGUUGGAUGAGGAAGAGGAAGUUCUACAGUGGUUGAUCACGCAAAAGACCGAAGAUCGUAUCGAGCUGAUCACACGCGUCAUGCUGGAAUCGAUGGUCGACGAAACACAAUAUCUGGCGGUGUACUUCUACAAAACCAAAUCACCCUCGUACUGCCGAAGUUUUUGUUCUGCGGAAAACAUCCGCAAGCGAAAGGAAUUUGCACGGGAAGGAAUUUCAGACAAGAUCAAUUGCAACAUUUGCGAUCAAAUCCUGGAGGGUUUGGAAGUGAUCGACGACGAGCUGGAUGUGUUCGGUAUUCACAUGGUGAAAAUUCAGGAUCCACAGCUGGCGAAGCGCUACUCCAUCAAGACAUUCCCGGCACUGGUGUACUUCAGAAAUGGAAAUCCACUGAUCUACGAAGGUGAUCUUCAGAACGAACAGUCCGUGCUCGAGUGGUUGGUCGAUGAUGACAAUCGUGAGCUGGCAGAUGAAAUUGAGGAAGUUAACGAGCGUAUGCUGGAUCGGUUGAUGGAACAGUCGCCUCUCCUCUGUGUGUUCUACUACGAUGAAGAUUGCGCCGAGUGUGACGAUAUCCUGGAGGAACUCGAACUAAUCGACGGUGAGGUGGAUCUUUACGGUAUUGACUUUGUCAAGGUGGCCAGCCUGGAUGCGGCGCAUAAGUACGGUGUUACCACUAUUCCAUCGCUCGUGUACUACCGCAAGCAGAUCCCGAUGCUGUACGAUGGUGAUAUGCACGAUCACGAGCGUGUUAUGAACUGGUUAACGUCGCAGGAUGUGUUCGAAAUUAAAAACGAAAUCGAAGAAGUUAACCGCAAGAUGCUAAACAAACUGCUCGAUGAGAAUGAAUUUUUGGCCGUCUAUUUCUUUGAGGAAGAUCACGAAGAAAGUGAGGCGGUGCUGGAAAAGCUCGAACUGAUCGACAGCGAAACGGACAACCUGGACAUCACCUUCGUCAAGAUGGGUGAUCCACGGUACGCACGGAAAUGGGGCGUCACCAAACUGCCCGCGAUCGUGUACUUCCGCAAGCGGUUCCCCAGCAUCUACCGUGGUGACAUGUACGACGAACAGGACGUGCUCGAAUGGUUGCGCAAGAAUCGAUUCCGUCAGCCAGAGCUGAACAUCUUCAUGUAUGCACUGAUCGCGCUCGGUCUCGGGUUCGUCAUCUAUACUGCAUUUUUGCUACAGUGCUUUAAGCCUGCCCCACCCGCACCCGUGCCACAUCCGAAGCAGAACUAAAUGAUGCGCUAGGCACCGGUAGGCACUAGGGUACAUAUUCUUCCAGAGUAAUAAACGUUAUAAGGUGAAACAAGAUCAAUGUAGCGUAGAUAGAUUGAUCAUGUUUGUCCCACGUGGGGGGGAAAAUGACAAAAUAGAAGCAAAAGAAGAUUUUAAUGUGAAUGUGAAUGAAUGGGAAAAUACUGUUAUGCUCUUCUCGUGACAUCUUAUCCCCGCCCCUUCCCGUCAACCGCCUCUAGGCGUUCCAUGAUCUACAAAAAACUGCCCCAAAAGAAGAAAACAAAACCGGACAAAGCAAAACGCACAACCGGAGAUGGGUUUUUAUUAGAGAUGGUUUAGUUUUGUUAUAAAGAAUAAAAGAAAAGGAACAAACAAACGUUUGCAAACAUUACAUGCGAGAAGGAAAAACACAAGACCAAAGCAGAGAAAUAAACAAAUUCGAUAAAUUUAUCAAAACAUUUUCUCCACUGUGAUCAUACAACUCCGAAUGAUGAUAAUUAUGAUGAUAACGAACACGACGACAUAACCCCAUAAUAAUACGCGGUAUAUCCUUUGGAGGUGGGAAAUUACAAAA